AUGAAAAAUUUUGAUGUGAAUGUAGCAAAAAAGCUCAGUAAUAAUGCGGCCAGAUUAAGUUACUUGGUACAGUUGACAAAAGGAAAAGCUAAGCGUAGCAUUGAGUGUUGUGUGUUGCUAGGUGACGAUGGCUACGCAGUCGCAAGGGAUAUUUUAGAGAAACAGUUUGGACACUCGCACAUUAUACUGCAUGCAAUGAUGAAUGAAAUGCUAAAUUGCCGGGUUACAACAUCGGAUCCUGAGAGUAUGUGGAGGUUAAUUUCUAUGAUGAAAAAGUGUGAAAUUACCAUGACUCAAAUGAAAUAUGAAACCAAUCUGAAUAACCCAGAGAAUCUCUUGAAAAUACAACACCUACUGCCGCAACAUAAUCAGAGGAGAUGGGCUAAUAAGGCACAAGAGAUAAUUAAUGGAAAACGAGAACCAAGCUUCAGGGAACUAAUAAAAUUUCUGGAAAAUGAAGCAGCUGCAUCUAACAAUUUAUUUGGAAGGGCUAUAAAAGACCACACCCCACGAGAAAGGAUGACAAAACAAACAAAGUCAUUUUUCACAAAUAAAACGUAUGAUGAACGAUGCCCAAACUGUACUUAG